AUGAAAGAGGCCACAACAUCAGCCAGAGGAAUAAGAUGGGGAUUAAUGAGUCGCCUAGAAAGCCUUGAAUAUACAGACGACUUUGCCCUACUAGCCCAAUCACAUAAUGACAUGCGGGCAAAAAUCAAUCUUCUAAGUGAACGAGCCAAAGUAGUUGGUCUACAAGUUAACGUACAGAAGACAAAAUCACUAAGAAUUAACACCAGAAAUAAUGAGCAGUUUAUGGUUAACGAGACCCAAAUCGAGAAUGUCGCAAGAUUCAACUACCUUGGUAGUAUAAUUACUACAAAUGGGGUGGCUGAGGACGACAUAGAUAACCGAAUUAGAUUGGUCAAAAAUCUCAAUAUUAGUAAAAAACAAAGUUGCCGGUUAGACAGUGUUAAAUUUAGGCAAACUAAAUGA